AUGCCGAAGCUUGAUCCUUACCCAUUCUCCUCGAGGAGUUUUUCCUCCGAAUCAAGCAUGUCUGGAGUUCCUUCUAUGUGGUGUUGCAAGGCAGCAAGGAAAACUCGAAACAUCUAUACUGAUCCCCACAACAGAGUACAAUUGGGCUCCAUCACCAUAUCUGAUCAUAGAGGGCGUAACAUUAAUCCAGGAAUAGAAAACCAUUAUACUGCAACUACUUCAGCUUCUAUGGGGUCUACUUUCCUUGGAUUCCAGAAAUGGAGUUCUUGCCUCCAAGGUGAAGGAGGUUCAUGUAGUUCAUCAACUGGGAAUUCCAUGAGAACUAGAGAAUUAGCAGAUAUGUCCAUAACAAAUGAGACAAAAAAGAAAUGGAAGAAGAACGUUGAUGUCAAUUUGAUGAAUGAUGGGGCCUAUCCAAACAAGAAGCCCUUGUCAGAGAGAGCAUCAGCAGCAGCUCAACCGAUGCCUAUUGUGUUGGUUUGUAACGCAGAAAAGCCUAAGGAUGAUCGGAAAUUCAACUGGGCAGAUAAAUAUCGACCCAAAGUUUUGAGUGACUUCAUCUGCCAUCAAGAAAUAGCUGAAAUGCUCCGUCUUUUGGUAAGCAUUGGAGUACUAUCAAGUCAUUGCAUAUUUGAAGGACCUCCAGGGUCCGGAAAGAGAACCAUGGCCCUGGCAUUGCUUAGAGAAAAUUUUGGAACUCAUGUAAUAGAAACAAGGGAGGAAGUUAAGGAAUUCAAAGUAGAGGGAGGACCAAUUCCAAGCAUCCAAAUAAAUGCCCAAGUAUCCUCAAAACACAUAGAGGUUGAUUUAUCAGAACUUAAAAGCUAUGCAGCUCAUGUGGUCGUGGAACUGAUAAAAGAAACACACACAUUAUUCAGCCAUGAUAAUACAAACAACCAAGCAAUAGUUCUAUAUGGGGCUGGAAUGCUAUCUAUGAAUGAUCAACUCCAAAUUCAGAGUUGUUUAGAGACUUACAAAGGCCAUUACAAAGUCUACUUUUGCUCUUCUGGGGCUUCCAAGCUUCAGCAUAUUGAAUCCCUUUGCACAGUUAUUCAAAUUCUGCCACCAUCGAAGGAGCAGAUUAUUAAAGUGUUGGAGUUCAUUGCAAAAAGCGAAGGCAUUGAACUACCUCCCAGAUUGGCUGAGAAUAUAGCAGAGAAGUCUAAGCAUAGCAUUCAACAAGCUAUUCGUUCCUUUGAGGCCACUUGGCAAUUGAACUACCCCUUCAAAGAGGAUCAGAUGAUUCCGACUGAUUGGGAAGAAGAACUUGCAAUUAUUGCAAAAAGUAUCGUUGAUGAGCAAAGCCCAAGACAGUUGUACAUCGUCAGAGCAAAGCUUAAAAAAUUGAUGGUCCACAAUGUAUCUCCUGAGAUCAUUUGUAAGAGUUUAGUGGAAGAAUUAAAUAAGCUUUUGGAUUACCAAUUCCAGAUGAUAGUCACUAAUUUACGGCAGAACUUGAUAGGUGUUCAAAGUGAAUUAGAAGGUGAAAGAAUUGAAGAACCAGGGAAAAGGAAUGAUGUUCUGUUUCCGAGGAUAGUAGAAUCUAUAGCGAAGUUCGUGAGCGUCUACAAGAUUAUUUCCCAACAAAGAGGACAGCAGAAUGCUCAAAUUGAGUAUAAGGUUUAA